ANAGAGAGAGAGAUUGCUUGACAAAAAAAACACAGCAGCUAUAGUGGCAAAAAAGCUAAGAGGGUUCUUGAAUUGGUGUAUAUUCGCUGUUUUAAUCGGACCCAUUUGCUUCAUUGCUUUGAAAUAUCAUUGUGUUUACGUGAUUUGAUUUGUAUGUGGAAUGGUUUGAUCUGGGUAGAGUUUAGUGUUCUGAAUGAAGGACAAGAGUGGAGGAUGUGACGAGAAAUGAGGGUUAGAGUUAGGGUUAGGGUUUGGGAGAAAUGGGUUGUGUGUUUGGAAGAGAGAGUUCUCCUUCUGGGCAGGCGCGGUCCGAGAUCGUAGUGGAAAACCAGAGGGAAAAGGGGGGAGAGAGGGAUUUGGCUGUGCCCUCGGUUAGGAGAGAUAAAGUUGGGGCAGUAGCAAAGGCAGAGGGUGGUGGUGAUGAGGUUCAGAAUGGUGGGGAUCAGAAGGAGGAGCAAAAGGAUGGAAGUGUACGGCCUAGGGGUGAGAGGAGGCGAUCCAAGCCGAAUCCAAGGCUAAGUAAUCCGCCCAAGCAUGUGCACGGUGAGCAAGUGGCUGCCGGAUGGCCAUCCUGGCUCUCCGCGGUUGCUGGAGAGGCAAUCAACGGGUGGACCCCUCGUCGAGCAGAUACAUAUGAAAAACUCAAUAAGAUUGGACAAGGUACAUAUAGUAAUGUGUACAAAGCUAGGGAUGCUAUAACGGGAAAAAUUGUUGCAUUGAAGAAGGUCCGAUUUGACAAUUUAGAGCCUGAGAGUGUCAAAUUUAUGGCUAGGGAGAUUUUGAUUUUGCGUCGCUUGGAUCAUCCUAAUGUUGUAAAACUAGAAGGUUUAGUGACAUCAAGGAUGUCAUGUAGCUUGUACCUUGUCUUCGAAUAUAUGGAGCAUGAUUUGGCUGGAUUGGCUGCCAGUCCGGGAAUCAAAUUUACCGAACCUCAGGUCAAGUGUUACAUGCAUCAGCUACUGUCAGGUCUUGAACACUGUCACACCCACCAUGUGUUGCAUCGUGAUAUCAAGGGGUCAAAUCUUCUUAUUGAUAAUGGGGGUGUACUUAAGAUUGCUGAUUUCGGGUUGGCUUCCUUCUUUGACCCUCAUCACAAGCAGCCAAUGACUAGUCGGGUGGUUACUCUAUGGUAUAGACCGCCAGAGCUUCUUCUUGGGGCAACUGACUAUGGUGUAGGGGUGGACCUCUGGAGUGCUGGUUGCAUUUUAGCAGAGUUGUUGGCUGGGAAGCCUAUUAUGCCUGGUCGCACAGAGGUGGAACAGCUACACAAGAUAUUCAAGCUAUGUGGUUCUCCUUCAGAAGAAUAUUGGAAGAAGUCAAAGCUGCCACAUGCAACCAUAUUCAAGCCCCAGCAUUCUUACAAACGAUGCAUAGCAGAGACAUUUAAAGAUUUCCCACCUUCAUCACUGCCACUAAUUGAGACUCUUCUUGCAAUUGAUCCUGCUGAACGUCAAACUGCCACAGCUGCAUUAAGCAGUGAAUUCUUCACAACCAAGCCCUAUGCUUGUGAGCCUUCCAGCCUUCCAAAGUAUCCUCCCAGCAAGGAGAUGGAUGCUAAACUAAGAGAUGAAGAAGCUAGAAGACUGAGAGCGGCUGGCAAAGCCAAUGCUGAUGGUGUGAAGAAAGCUCGUGCACGUCACCGAGCUGUAAGGGCAUUCCCUGCUCCUGAAGCCAAUGCUGAGCUGCAAGCGAAUCUUGAUAGGCGGCGUCUAAUCACACAUGCCAAUGCAAAGAGCAAGAGUGAGAAGUUUCCUCCACCACACCAGGAUGGAACACUUGGUUAUCCUUUGGGAUCUUCACAUCACAUUGAUCCAACUUUUGAUCCUCCUGAUGUCCCAUUCAGUUCCUCGAAUUUCUCAUAUCCAAAAGCAUCCAUCCAAACUUGGUCUGGUCCAUUAUUGGACCCUGCUGAUGUUGGUGCUCCAAGGAGGAAGUCAAAGCCCUCAAAGAAGGAUUCGCACAAAGAUAAGAAUUCUGUUCGGACAAGAGAGAAAGAAGGCGUGUAAUAUAGUUAUGGUUUAUACAUCUACGGGAGAAUCCAAAAAGCUGCAAAUAUUGCCAGUUAGCCCUUCAUAUCCAAGCCGGCCUAUGUUAAAUUGCAUGGAGAGAGGUAAAAUAUAUUGUAUUCCAUAUUUCUUGUUUCUACAUUUUUUUUUCUUGGUGAUGAGAAGCUUCUGAAGUAUUGUAUAUGUCGAUUUUUUUUUAUCUUUUUAUGUUCAAGAUUUUAUUUAGAUUAGUUAAAUUUUCUAAUAAAACUCUCAGAACCUUUGCCUGUGUUAAUUUUUGUGUGUAAUUCUUAUGAUGCAGAAGCCAUUUUAGAAACUCAAUAAAUU